CCCAGAGAUUACAUUGUGUUGAAUGCAGUGGCAGCUGUGUGUAUGAGUAUAAAAAGAAUGUCGAAUUUUCCUGAAGCCACAAGUUGUCAACCGACCACCCAGGCAGCAGAAGAAAGCGGUCAGUUCACCAUGAAGACUUGUUUGUGGCUCACUCUGCUAUCACUCGUCGCCGUAGCCUAUGGCGCAACACUAGCGCCGCAGGUGGUCACGGCUAAUCCUGUUCUUCCUAAAGAAGCUGAAGCAGAUACACUUGAGAAAGCUGGAAAGGCCUUGGAGACAGUGGGACGGCUUCUGCAGGGCGAAAAUGUCGCCUUAGACGAGGAGGUGCAAGAACAUUUGGUCAACGCUCUUCGGGUAGCGUCCAACAAUGGCGAAGUCUUGACCGAGGAAGGUUCGGAGUACAUCCUGCCAAUCAUCAUUCGUGGUGUUGUUCAGGGUGCCAUCGCCCACGUUGUCCAGAAGUUGAACAAGGGCUAAGGACACUGCCAGUGAAGAACUACAGCUGCGAUGUGAUAAAAAAAAACACUGCCAGGAAUUGCCGAGCCAAUUACUUGCUCAAGAUUUGUAGAGUCACCUGAAUUAGCAGGAAAUAAAGCUUUGUUGCAUGCAUUGAUCGUCAA